CUAGCACAGGAAGUGUAGACAGGCCAGGAGUUAGACAUUCUGUUGGAAAUAGUGAAAUUAUACUAACAAAGCAACAGAAUUGCUACAGGAUUGCUAUUCCAAGAUCUUUGGCCCUUGAACACUCUCCCCAGAGCUCUUCCCAAAACUGCUAUAGAAAAUUAGAGGUAGCUAUAAAUGGUCUGUCCAAAAAAACCCAAAUAGCUGUCAAUUUACAUACCCUCUAGGGACCAAAGCCAGACGGUCAGGGAUUUUGGAAAAAACCCAAACCAAACAAUGUAGAGUCCUUCUUGGAAAACACUUGCCUAAGCAUAUAUUAUUUUAUUAUUUUGGUAAUUUGCGAUAGGCUCAGGAAAAGGCUCUGCAGUCACUGGGGUCUCUUCAGGACAGAUGGCCACAAAAAUCUCUGCAACGAAGCAUUUAAAAAUUAACCUGAUCAUGGAAGGAGGAGAGCUACCUUGGCUUUUGGUAAAUGAAAUUGGUGGCAUACGUGGGAUACUGCAUAGCCAUGUGCCAUUCCUGAAAAAACAUUUCCACCUCAUCACCAUGAAGGAAUUUCUUGAAAACAGAAAGGAUGUUGGUAAAAAGGUCCAAGCAAUCUAUUUGUGGUGGCACAAACCAGUCAUCGACAAAGAGCUCCUCCAAAGCCUGCCAAACUUGAAAGUGAUUGCGAAUUCUGGAGUGGGGAUGGAUCACCUGGAUCUGAAUCUUGUAGCUAGUUUUGGUGUGAAGAUGGCUAAUGCUCCACGUGCUGUUUCCAGUGCCACAGCAGAUACUGGGAUGGCUUUGCUGCUAGCAUCUGCUAGAAGAUUAGUGGAAGUCCAUAACAUUUCAAUUUCCCCAAGUAUGGAGUACUGUGAAGCUGAUACUCUGGGAGUUAAAGUUGCUGGAGCUACUCUGGGGAUCAUUGGCAUGGGCAGCAUUGGGUAUAAGAUUGCUCUGAGAGCGAAAGCAUUUGAAAUGAACAUUUUGUACCACAACAGGACACGGAGGAAAGUGCAAGAGGAGCAAGCUGUUGGUGCCAUUUACUGCAAACAGAUGGACAGCUUGCUCCAGCAGGCAGAUUUUGUGAUGCUGGUGGUGAGCCUGACACCUCAGACACACAAACUGAUCGGGAAAAGAGAACUGGAGCUGAUGAAACCCACAGCUACCCUCAUUAACAUCAGCCGAGGUGCAGUAAUUGACCAAGAGGCGCUGGUGGCAGCACUGCAGACUGGUGUUAUCGGGGCCGCAGCUUUGGAUGUCACCUCCCCAGAGCCGCUGCCCAGAGAUCAUCCAUUGUUAAAAUUAAAGAACAUCAUUAUAACACCUCACCUUGGCAUUAAAACAGACAAGGCCACCUACAUGAUAACAGAGGAAGCAGUUGAAAACAUACUAGCAGCCCUGAAUGGUCUCCCCCUACCCAGUGAAGUGCUGCCUAGCUGAUGUGUGAAAGGACAUCACAUCUCUUUUUAUUCUUCUCUUUCUCUUUUUUUUCUUAUCUUUCCCUUCAGCUCUGAAGAUCUUCUUAAAUACAAGAAUGUCCAUACACCUCACUAAAGCUUGCAAGGGAACAGUUUGUCAUCCUCUCAGUUGUGUUUAUAUCCUUUCUGUUGUCUAAUGCAACUCCAAAAGACAAAUAAACCAACACACAAAGUGGCUGUGCUAUG